AAAAGAAUAAGAGUCGCCAGAGCCUGUGAUACAUGUCGUCGAAGAAAAGUCAAGUGUGAUGGGAAACAACCAUGUAUCCAUUGUACGGUCUACUCAUAUGAAUGCACUUACAACAAGGCAAGAAAUACUGGUGGUGGAAGUGGUGGUCCUGCUGCUAAAAAGCAAAAGAAGGAUGAGAGUGCUGCUACACAAAACGUGAAGGUUGAAAUUGAAGAUAAACAACCUGAAGCUCCCAAUAUUAGUGAGCAAUUGAUUCAAACUAUUUUUCCACAAUUGGACGUCAAGAAUGAAAAUUUCAACACUGAUUUGUUUCUUCAGGUGUUAGAAAAGCAUAGAAAGAAUGGUGUUAUUGAUCUAAACUCAAUUUUGAAAGAGUAUCAAUCCAUAGAAAACCCACAUAUCCACAAGUCGAUUGCUCCAAUAGAGAUCAAAAUCAUACUACCACCUAGGGAAAUAGCACUAAAACUGAUAUAUAGAACAUGGAAUGACGCAUGUGUGCUUUUCAGAUUCUAUCACAGACCUUCCUUCAUUAAUGAUUUCAACAGCUUAUAUGAAACAAACCCAAGUGAAUAUUCAAAUCAUCAAAAUAAGGUUCUACCAUUAAUAUAUUCAGUCAUUGCUGUUGGUGCAUUGUUUUCUAAAGGCGACAAUGCUAUAGAUAAUCAAUAUUUACAAGAUGAAGGUUAUAAAUAUUUCAUUGCAAGUCGAAAAUUGAUUGAUAUCACGAAUUCAACAGAUAUCCAAUCGAUCCAAACCAUUUUCAUGCUGACUUUAUUCCUACAGUGCUCUGCCAGGUUAUCUACUUGCUAUUCCUAUAUCGGUAUAGCUCUACGAAGUGCCCUAAGACAAGGUCUUCAUAGAAAAUUACAAAAUUUUUCCAAUCCAAUUGAAUCAGAAAUUAAAAAAAGAUUAUUUUGGACCAUCUACAAAUUGGAGAUUUAUGUCAACUCAAUGCUGGGACUACCUAACUCUAUUGGUGAAUCUGAUAUUGAUGUUGAGUUCCCCCAAGAUUUAGAUGAUGUUAAUAUUGACGAAUUUAGAAUUCUGCCUCAACAAGAAGGCAAAUUAUCAUCUUGUGGUAUGAAUAACUCACACACAAAAUUGAUUUUGAUUUUAAAUCAUAUCGUUAAAAGUCUAUACAAAACAUCCAACCCUGUAUUUGUGAUUCCAAUAGAUACAAUCAAAAAUCUAGAGAAUGAGUUAAAGGUUUGGUUAUAUGAACUGCCAAGUCAGUUGAAACCAACUAGUGAUGUUCCUAAGGAAUAUUUGAAAGCUAAUAAGCUACUACAUUUGGAUUACCUUCAUGUUCAAAUCAUGCUUUAUAGACCAUUCAUUCAUUAUGUCAAGAUUGCAAAGGAAACAGGAUCAACAAGCAGUUCAUAUCAAUUAGAAAAAGGCUGGAAAUGUAUCGAAAUCUCCAAACAAAUUGUCUAUUUAGCUCAAGAAAUGAUUAACAAAAAACUGUUGAAUGGGUCCUAUUGGUUUAGUAUUUAUACAAUUUUCUUUGCAGUUGCAUGUCUUGUCUAUUAUUUCCUUGAAGUUGAUAAAUCAAAUGAAGAAAUCAAUCAAACUAUUGAAUUGGGUAAACAAAUCCUAAGUGUCUUGAAACAAAGAUCAGUAUCUGCUCAAAGAAUUUACAACUUAUUAAACUCAAUGUUUGAAAACUAUGAUAGA